AUGAGCCGAAUUUAUAACAACACGUCCUUGCAGAAUAAACCUGUUCAUAAUGAGAAGAUUGGGCACGCGUGGUCCCCCUCCUCAUAUCAGAGGUAUGAUGCCGUGACGCAGAUCAAAGCUAUGAUGCUGCCUGCAGAGAAUCAGUGUAAUUCUGCAUAAAGAUCAACUAUAAUACUGCAUAGAGAUACAAUAUAAUACUUAAAUAUGCCUAAUGUUAUAUUAAAUGCAGUAGAUGGCUCUGUGAGUGCGUGUGUAUGAGAGAGAGAGAGCAAAAGAGCGAGAGAGAGAAACAAGAACAAGUGCAUGUAGGCUAAGCUACAGUCCUGAAAAAUUGUAUACAGCAGCCUACAAUCAUUUUCUCCCACAGUGGUCUAGGUGUCAUAUUAGAGGGAAAGUUGGUUGAUGUCUCACGCCAUGUUAUCUCUGACGUCAACAAUCAGAAGGUAAGCUGACAUCAUGGAAAAACUUCCUCAAUUAAAUAUGAUUAGGCUAUUUGAUUGUUAUUAGGCUAUUUUAUUGAUAUCAUUGUUCUACUUUGCGCUAAAGUAGUCCUACUGUUGGCUAAUUGUACUAAAAUGAAAGUGAUUACCACAUGAGGAUCUAGGCCUACUUGGUUUUCUAGGACAUCAAAUUUAAACAAUCUAGAUUGCCACAUGUUGUGCUGUAUUGGCAGGACCGUUUCUAUGUCCUAUACAUCAAACCUAGUCGAAUCCACCAAAGGAAAUUUGAUGCUAAAGGAAUGGAAAUGGAACCAAACUUCAGUGAAACCAAAAAGGUCAACACAGGUUAUCUCAUGUCAUCAUUCAGUGAGUAUUCUUAUCCACUUCAUACAACAUUGUGAAUAGGCCUACAGUCUAAGGUCAGAUGAUUCACAGAUUGGAAGAUACCGGUAACACCUUACAUUUACACAUCAAAGCUUGUUCAAGGACUCUCAGAAUGAUGUUAAAACAUACAUACAUUUACCACCAUACUAUAUUCUUUGUAAAAACAACUCUAGUGGUGCUGUCUGAACUGGUGUGUUGUUUGUUACUACCAUGCAGAGGUGGAGGCUAAAGGAGAGACUGAUUGCCUCACUGAAGUCCAGCUGGAAAACCUAGUGACCAAGGAGGAUCUGGUGAAAGUGACAGGGAAACACUGUCCAAGUGGGACCUACGCUUUCUGGUACCCAGAGGGAGAGAUGGGCAAGACUGAACUAGAAACAGGCCAGGACAUUAGACUGAAAACCAAAGGCGAUGGCCCAUUUAUUUGUAAGUUUGAUGUUCAGCAAUCCCUUGAAAAGUAGCCUAAACCGUUUGCAGUUUGAUUGUAGCUCUAAACAGGAUCAGCAUUGUGUACUUAGUUUUUGUCUGCUCUUUCAGUUUCCUUGGCCAAAAUCGAUGGAGGCACAGUGACCAAGUGCAAUUUUGCCGGAGACAAAGAGGCAGGAGCAUCGUGGACAGACAAAAUAAUGGCCAACAAAUCAGAUGCCAGCAGUGCAACGAAGUCUGAAGGCAAGGGCGAGGGAGCAGAUGAGGAGGAAUGG